UCCUAAUUUCUAUCCAAACUGUGUGCGCGGUGAUGGCGCGCUAAGGCGCAGAGUGGUGUACAUGGAUGUGCGUUCGUUGUUGGAAGUGACAAAGGUGUGUGUGUCUAUGUUGGAGCUGCCUGAGAGGAGAGGCCAUUUUGUACAGCGAGGCAGGCAGGCAGGCAAGGCGUCUGUACAUGUCUGUCUGUGUAUUUUCACGUCAGUUUAACAGGAAGCGUGCCAUUGUGCGUAUGAGAGCGAACAUUUCAGUGUUGGAGGGGCGCGAGCUAGCUGAGCAGUAGUAACAACACCCAAACCGAUUUCUUCACUUUCCUGAGCGUUCACUGUCCUUUCUACACUGUUUCCUCUGUGCAAUGGAUGGCAGGGAUUUGUUCUGCCUCUCUCUUCUGCUGUCCUGUGCGGCCGUACUACCAUGAGCACUUCUACUCCAUCCACAGCUAAUGGCAACGAUAGCAGACAGUUUAAAGGAGACCGUUCUCCCUGUGGUCCUUCCCGAGUCCUCCACGUCCGCAAGGUUCCCAUCGAGGUGUCUGAGGCUGAGCUCAUCUCUCUAGGAGUCCCCUUCGGUAGAGUCACCAACCUGUUGAUGCUGAAAGGGAAAAACCAGGCUUUUAUAGAAAUGGCUUCUGAAGAGGCAGCGAUCACCAUGGUGAACUACUACACCACAGCAACACCUCACGUACGCAACCAGCCAGUCUACAUCCAGUACUCCAACCACCGCGAGCUCAAGACAGACAACCUGCCCAAUCAGGGGAGAGCUCAGGCAGCGUUGCAGGCGGUCAAUGCAGUGCAUUCUGGGAACAUGGCGAUGGGCGGUUCAGCAUCGGGCAGUGAUGGAGCCUUGAUGCCGGGACAGAGCCCCGUGCUGCGCAUCAUUGUAGAAAACCUCUUCUACCCUGUAUCACUGGAGGUCCUACACCAGAUCUUCUCUAAGUUCGGGACGGUCCUGAAGAUCAUCACUUUCACCAAGAACAACCAGUUCCAGGCCCUGCUACAAUAUGCUGAACCGAUGAAUGCCCACCACGCCAAAGUGACUUUGGAUGGCCAGAACAUCUAUAACGCGUGCUGCACUCUGCGUGUGGAGUUCUCCAAGCUGACCAGCCUGAAUGUGAAGUACAACAACGACAAGAGCCGAGACUUCACCCGCCUGGACCUUCCCUCCGGAGACGGACAGCCCACCAUGGACCCUGGUAUGACCGCCGCCUUCGGUGCUCCAGGUAUCAUCUCUUCGCCUUAUGCUGGGGCAGCAGGUUUUUGCCCCACAAUCGGAUUCUCCCAAGCAGGUCUGUCCAUGCACACGAUGGCAGGAAUGGGACCCCUCGUCUCGGGACGGAUGACUCUGCACGGCAUGGCGCCCACCGCCGUUCACUCUGUUCUCCUUGUCUCCAACCUCAACCCCGAUAGCAUAUCACCACACGAACUGUUCAUCCUAUUUGGGGUGUAUGGUGAUGUGCAUCGGGUCAAGAUUCUGUUCAACAAGAAAGAGAAUGCCUUAAUCCAGAUGGCCGACGCUACUCAGGCACAGCUUGCAAUGUCCCACCUGAACGGCCAGCGGCUGCACGGCAAGGUGAUCAGAGUGACCGUCUCUAAGCACCAGACGGUCCAGCUGCCCAGGGAGGGACAGGAAGACCAGGGCCUCACUAAAGACUUCAGCGGCUCCCCGCUACACCGCUUCAAGAAGCCUGGAUCCAAGAACUUUCAGAACAUCUUCCCUCCCUCUGCCACCCUCCAUCUAUCCAACAUCCCCCCGUCUGUAACAGAGGACAUCCUAAAGGACCUUUUCUCUGGACCUGGAUACACAGUCAAGGCCUUCAAGUUCUUCCAGAAAGACCGGAAGAUGGCUUUGAUCCAGUUGGGUUCAGUGGAGGAGGCCAUCCAGGCCCUGAUCGACCUCCACAACCACGACCUGGGAGAGAACCAUCACCUCCGCGUGUCCUUCUCCAAGAGCACCAUCUGACCCGCCUGAACCCCCCCCCCCCCCCCCCCCCCCCCCCCCCCCCCCCCCCUAAGGCCCCACUCCUGGGCUGGGCUAGCAGGAGUGAGGGACAGAAUGACCCACUUUGACUUAAAAACAACAGACAAUUGACUAGUUUAGAUGAUAUUGUUGAGUAAUAGACUACUGUAAUGCAAGGCCUUCAGAUAGAGACAGAGCUGGUCUGGAAGGAGUGAUGGUUGAUUUAUUCAGGGCAGGGAAGAGAACAGAGAGUCGGGAUGAGUUGGCAUGGUGCAUCAUUAAAUCCUUAAAUAGGACCCUAUCCUACGGGAUGGGAGAGAGGUAUUCAACUCUCCUUUAUCUGGCAUUAUAGGACCCUAACCCACGGGAUGGGAGAGAGGUAUUCAACGCUCUUGGGAGGUUUCUGCCAAGUAUACCACAGACACACCUAUACCACAGACACACAAGUAUACCACAGAAACACCAAUCAUUGAAUACUUGACACUUAGCCCUGCUAUACAAUCAAGUUGCACAAUAUGCAUGAGUUAUGAAAGCUCACCUGCAACUCACCACCUACAGACCCACCACCUACAGACCAACCACCUAGACCCACC